AGCGGCUCCCGUGGGUGGUUUCACACUAACUCCGAUCUAAACGAAAACAACACUGCUGAAUCCUUCCCCAUAAAGGUUGUCGUUCACGUUAAACAGCACAGAUUAGACUCCCGACUGAACAGAACCAUCAAUCCUCCCCUGCUGUCUAGACGAUUUACUACAUAAAUACCGUCAACCCUCGCAUCUAGGCUGAUCCGCAGCCACGUGCCCUGUGCUGCCUGGCACCGGCUUCGUGGAGGGAUGCGUCGCGACUUCCAUUCCUAUACAAUCAUUAUACACGGAUGGAUGGGUGGGUCAGGAAUUUGUUAUUUUUUCCUUAAUUUUGCACUCCCCAGAUAUGUUAGCUUAGAUUAUAGGCUAACAGUCGUCGGUUUUAAAUGCGUGUGAUUUUUCAGGAUGACCGUCGGACGGUAACAUGCGAUGCUACAGGCUUGUGUUUUUCUGCUCUGUAAAGUAAGGGUGUCUGGUCGAAUAUUAUAUGUAUAUAGGUCUACAACAUUGUAUGUAAUAACGCCACCGCGUAAGUAAGCCAAUACGCCCGAUUAAACUCGCUUCUGCCGGCAACUGCAACUAUAGCGUCCGCCUCUUUCUGGGCUCGGCUCCCAGUAAAAUAGACUACCGCAAAUAGCCUAUAUCCAUUAGCGAUGGCCGGUCUGUCUGUUAGGGUGAGCGCCUUCUCCCAUCAGGGAGGCAGGGAAUACAUGGAGGACUUCACUCAGGUGCUGCUGGAGAGGGAGCUCGGGGGUCCGGACCGGAGCAUCCUGCCCUCCGCGGUACCGGGAUCGGUGGCAGCGGAAACCGAAACCGAAAGCAGGCAACAGGACGCGGCGCAGGGCGGCAGCUAUGGUCAGGGAUUCGCAGGGGUUUUCGCCGUGUUUGACGGCCAUGGGGGCGCGGAAGCCGCGCACUUCGCUCGGGACCAUCUGUGGGAUCAUAUUAAGAAGCAGCGUGGAUUUUGGUCCAGGGACAACGAGGAAGUGUCGGCGGCGAUUCGCAAAGGGUUCAUCGCCUGCCACUACGCCAUGUGGAAGGAACUGCCCAAGUGGCCGAAGUCCCCGCUGGGUUUCCCCAGCACCUCCGGCACCACAGCCAGCGUGGUGCUGAUCCGGGACGGCCGCUUGUACGUGGCACACGUGGGUGACUCUGCCGUGGUUUUGGGGGUGCGUGAUCACCCCUCCCAGCGGACGCUACAGGCCGAGGAGGUCACUCAAGACCACAAGCCCGAUGCCCCUUCGGAGAGGCAGCGGAUCGAGGGCAUGGGCGGCAGUGUGAUGAUGAAGUCGGGCGUGAGCCGUGUGGUCUGGAAGCGGCCCAGAACGACACACAGCGGCCCAGACAGGGGGGGCAUCAUCAUGGACCAGAUCCCUUUCCUCUCCGUGGCUAGAGCCCUAGGUGACCUGUGGAGCUAUGAUUUCUGCAGAGGGGAGUUUCUGGUGUCUCCAGAGCCUGAUGUCAUGGUCGUGACACUGGACCCCCGACGGCACCGAUACAUCAUCCUGGGCAGCGAUGGGCUGUGGGACAUGGUUCCCCCGCAGGAUGCUGUCACCCUCUGUCAGGCCCAUGAUGAGGCGCUGGCCCCGUUCGCUGUGGCAACAGCCCACCGCUUGGUGAGCCACGCCCUCCUCCGGUGGCGGAGACAAGGACUCCAUGCGGACAACACGAGUGCCAUCGUCAUCGCGCUGCUGCAGCCCGGCGAUGCCCACAGGCCCCUACAUCGCGACGAGGAGCUGCUCACUCUGGCAGACCUCCCUGAAUAUACCCUCAGCCCCCACUCUGACCCCCCUCCCCCGCAAGGUGAGCGGGCACGAGGGCACCCGACACACCGGGGGCAUCUUCCGAGGCUGACUGCUCUUCCCGUCGUUUGAGUCCCAGGUGUCAUCGGUACAUCCUCCACCCUGGCCAGACAGCAGCACAUUCCCACCUGAAGGUGGCGCUACGCUCUGCGGGCUCAGCCAGCUAAUAUGGAGAUCCUCAGGGGACAAUAUCAGCGGAAAGGGGCAGUGUCUGCUUGGCCAGUGUUCCCAUGUUCAGUUGACUCUGAAAACCCUAUGGAAGGGAGGAGUCACUGCAAGGUGGUGGUGAGAUUUCCGCUCAUGGGAGUGUUAUUUACACAAAAAUGUUCUGAGGGCAGAACGAAAAAUUAUUGGUUACCUCUCUGAACCAAUCAGAUUGUAGAGGAGGUGGGUCAAGUAAAUACAGGGGGCAGCAUCAACCAAUGGGGUGUCUUGGCUCUGCCUCUUCCAGGUGCUUGCAUCUCUCUGAACCAAUCAUUUUUCGUUCUGUCCUCAGAACAUUUUUGCAUAAGUAAAAUCUCCCACUAGCGGGAUUUACAUCUCAGUUGAGAUUUUCAUAAAAAAAAAAACUCUCGGCUACGUUAUUCAUAUUUUUCCCUUUCAAAUUAUGGGGCAUCGACAGGCCAGAAGAAUGUGAUCGGUGAGGCUGCCUGACAGCAUCCUGAGGCUGAGAGGAAAGUGCAGGUGAACAUGCUGCUUCUCUUGUAGCCUGUAUGCAUGUGGACGGGACAGUGAUCACAGACAUGACUGUUCUUCACCAAAGGAGGUAACCCUGAUUCCACAAGGUUUUUGAAAAGGACUGUUUGCUGUCACAAAGCAUCUAUGUGAUCAAUAAACAGCGGUUUGGUU